AUGGGGACGGAGUUCCUGGCGCACUACACAGCCUUAUCGACAGCAUCGGAAGGCUGUGUCCGGGCGUCUACCAGUUUGGCUGGAGAGAGAAAUGGCGGGCCAGCGUGCCCUAAGGACAUCCGGGCCAGCCGGGUUUGGCCGAGGCGCGGAAGUAACCGGGGCGGGGCGACGUGGGCCAUUCGAGCAUCGACAGUAGGCCCGGCCACAGGCAGAGCACGGGCCGGGCGGAGGAAGCGGGCCCGCCUGGGGAGACGCGACGGACGAAUGUUUUUGAAUGGGACUGAGCCGGGGCUUAACAGAGCGGGUCGGCAGUCCGGGCCCAAUCAACAGGGAUGGACUGGGAUCCCGGGUGUCGGCACCGAGGCCCUCCUCGAGGGGAGGGGAGGGGCUCAAGGGACAACGGGACGUGUUCGGAGCCCUGUUUCCCAGGACAAUGUCAUAUGGUUGGAGGAAUGGCGGGCCGGGCGAAGGCAGCGGGCGCGGGCGAGGCCGAGGCCGAGGGCAGCCAGUGAGCCCUGA